AUGAGUCCAUUCAAGAUAAUCAUAGUUGGCGGAGGAAUUGCCGGCCUGGCUGCCGCGAUCGCACUACGUGGCGAUGAACGUGAUAUACUCGUCUUGGAACAAUCGUCCAUAAGCCAAGAAAUCGGAGCAUUGAUCUCACUACAACCCAAUGCCUCCAAGAUUGUCGAAGACCAAUGGGGCCUUGGACCACGUCUGCGCGAGCAGGGCUCCAUGAUUGACGAGGCCUUCGAAAUCUACAAUACAAAGGGCGAACUGCAAUCGCAGAUACCUCUCUCGGCCGUGUCAUCCAAAUACGGCGCCGACAGAGUCUGCUAUCAUCGGGCCGAUCUGCACCAGGCUCUGAGAGAGAGGGCAACAUCGCCUGAUUACCCUGGCCGGCCGGUGGAACUGCGACUCUCGAGUAGAGUACUAGACUGUGAUUGUGAGAGCGGUACCGUGAAGCUUGAGAACGGGGAGACGAUUAAAGGAGAAUUGGUCAUCGGGGCAGAUGGGAUCAAAAGUAAGCUGCGCAAGGCCGUCCUCGGCGAGGAAGUGGAGGCUCGUCCAACGGGUCUCUCGGCGUAUCGAAUGAUGGUUCCGACCGAUGAGCUUCUCAAGGAAACGGACUUUGUGCAGGUUAUCGACCCUCGGAAGUGUCGUACCGCCAUGGUCAUCGGCCAAGACCGUCGGCUCGUUAUGGGCCCAGCGCGAAAUGGCUCUGUCUAUGGUGUGGUAGCCCUUGUUCCCGACGAGAGAAUGAACGAGUCCUCCAAGGACACGAGCUGGACCACAAAGGGUGACCGCGGUAAGAUGCUGGAUACGUUUUCGAAUUUUCCGGAAUGGGCUCAGAGACCUCUCCUAUCUGCCAGGGAGGUUGGUCUGUGGCAGCUGCGCGACCUGGAUCCUUUGUCCACCUGGUUCCGUGGUCGUGUGCUGCUGAUCGGUGAUGCUGCACAUGCAAUGCUUCCUACUCAGGGACAGGGUGCAGGUCAGGCCGUCGAGGAUGCCGAAGCCCUCGGGGCGUUUUAUCAGGACUUUGAGAAGAGACACCCCAAUAGGCCCUUGAGCGACGUGUGCAAGACCAACGAGGAUAUCUUUAACUGUCGAUAUGAGAGGGCUACCACGAUCCAGAUGUAUAGUCGGCAGGCGGCGAAGCCGGGCACGGAUUCGACCGAAAACCGAGUGACAAUGAAUCCAGCCGAGUUCAUGGAUUACAACUGUCUUUACGAUGGUGCGAUGGAUUGGAAUCGUCGACGACAGGGGCAGGGCUCGGCGGCAUCUGUAGCUGCUUAA